GCCUAGUUUCUACGUCACUUCCGCUGCAUCGGUUUUGCAUUUCGCGCACGAACUGAAGUGUCUGCUGACAGCUUACUCACAUCUCGAUCAGAAUCAGAAAGAGUUUCACACUGAACCGUCAACCAUGGCUAACCAACAAAUGGACAUCAUCACAAAGGUGUUGGAGCAGUCGGCCAAGCUGGUGGAGGAGUCGGUGGAUGCACAGUUGAGCAAACUGAACGACAUGGAUGAAGAUGAUUUGGACAGACUGAAGGAGAGGCGGUUAGAGGCUCUGAAAAAAGCCCAGAAACAGAAGCAGGAGUGGUUGUCUAAAGGCCACGGCGAGUACCGAGAAAUCCCAAGCGAGAAAGAGUUUUUCGGUGAAGUCAAGGACACCAAGAAUGUCGUCUGCCACUUCUACAGAAACUCAACGUUCAGAUGUAAGAUCCUCGACAAACACUUGGCCAUCUUGGCAAAGAAGCACGUCGAGACCAAAUUCCUCAAACUGAACGUGGAAAAGGCCCCGUUUCUGACAGAGAGGCUUCACAUCAAGGUCAUCCCCACGCUGGCCCUGCUCUUGGACGGAAAGACAAAGGACUACGUCGUGGGCUUCACCGACCUGGGAAACACAGACGAGUUUCCCACGGAGAUGCUCGAGUGGAGACUUGGCUGUGCAGGUGUUAUCAACUACAGUGGUAACCUGAUGGAGCCUCCUACAGUGAACAAGAGGUCGGGCACAAAGUUCACAAAGGUGGAGAAGAAAACCAUCAGAGGGCGGGGCUACGACUCGGACUCAGAUUCAGACGACUGAGGAGAACCAACAGUCGUCUGGUUCUCUCUCAGGGCUACCUCACUUUAAAAAAAAAAAGUCUAGCAGACGGCCCGCUUUGAUUCACACCCCCCCCCCCCCCCCCCUUAGUGACUUUACCUAUUUCUACAAAUUUUCAUAUUUUGAUUUACCAUAUCUCAAAUCUAAUUAUUUUAUUAUAUCUGUUAGCAUCUUUGUUUUAGACUUAUUUAAUGAAUUGUCUCCCAUCUUUUUUAUAUUUGAAUACAUCAGAAGAAUGACACAUGCAUUUCCAGAACAAGGUAACAUUUACCAUCAGUUUGUUGAGGAUACAGAAGGUGUCGAUGAGCUACUGCGUCAAUUAUGUAUCAACAAGCCUUUAGCUUCAUUUUGUUUUUGUUUGUGUCUUUUCAUGGUUGAAAUUUAAACCUCUGUCAUGAAAUACCGUUGCAAAUAAACAUUUGUGUGUA